AUGGAGGCAGUGGGGCGGGUAAAAUCGCCACCCGAUGAGCGACCUCACUACGCCGUUCAUGAACGGAGGGCGUCACUAUCUUGCUCCGACGUAUCCUGCUUGAAGAACAGGGCCUCGCACGCCUUUUCGGCACUGACUCGAAAGAGAAUGAAGAAUACAGUCGACGGGCGACUGUGGUCGCCUGCUGUUCCUGAGGCAGAGGAGGACGCGGAUCUCUUUCCUCCCGGAGGCGACCUUGAGCCAUCGUGCUUCAGUUCAGUCUUCGAGCGAGAGGUGAAGCCUGUGUCCGCCUCUCAGAAGGGGCAACCAGACUGGAUCUCGGCGACUCGUGAUGAGGAAGCGGAGAGACAAGGUCUUCCUGAAAAGCGCGGUCAGUUGGGUUUGGAACGGAUAGAAACCGCGUGGUCGCGAAAUCUUUUCCGCUUUCCAGGACUCUCUUCCGGCGGCCAAGCUGAAGAGGGGAAACCCGAGGAGAGCGACAGCGGCGCUCCAGCGCGGUUUGUCGGCGUGCCGAAUCUGCUCAUGUUCUUGAUGAGCGUUGGCUCACCACUCGGGGCUCAGCAGGCCGGAAGUCCCCGCCUCUCUUCUUUUUUCCCGCCGAGUUUUCUCCCCGAGAAGACCUGGCCGUUGUUUACACGAAGCGCGGACGAGCAGGCUGCGGAGCACGAGGAAGGGCGACCCGUUCAUCCGUCUUCCGGUCUUGCUCCCGAGAAGGUUUCUGACUCGAGAAGUGCGAUGGAUGCAGCGCCAGAGCCCGUCGUGGCCUCUGAGGAGGAGUCAUGCCCCGCACAUGGAGGGAGAGAGGAAGUGGGGGGGAGAGAGGAGAGCGUGACCGAUGUUCUGCGUUCCACGUCUGUGUCGCAAGUCGUAGCCGAGUGGGCUGCGUCUCUCGGCGCGGCGGAAGAAGUAGUCAUUCAAACCGUCCCUUUCGUCACCGAGGAGGCGGCGAGACUCCUAUGGAAGUCCGCGUGCUCGCUUAUACUCAACCCUGUCGUCGCCUUCUACUGCCAGUGCUACACUCUCGCCAGUCUUGGAGCCUUGGUUUUCACGACGUCGAUUGUCCACUGGUGGCGCCCGCAGCUUGGCAUCCGCCGCACCGUCGAUGUAACGGCAGUCGUGUUCGUGGCGGCGAUUCACUGGAUGUCUGCCUUCCUUUUGACGGACUUUUCGUUUCAGGUCGUGUAUUUCCUCAUCUCCUCAACGGGAAUUACGUGCUACUUUGGGGGGUGUGCGCUGACAAGCCGAGGCCGCUCAAUGCCAGGCGCCUGGUGCCACGUCGGGCUGCAUGUGAUUUGCACGAUUGGGAAUCUGUGCCUGUACCUGUAUCUCGCCCUUCAGGCGGAGGGUGAUGCCAAAAUUACGGGGGAGAUUUCGCAGGCUGCUGCGGAAUCUUUUGGCGGGGAGUGCUUCACCGCGGCGGUCGCUCCGUAG